CUUUCACUUUCCCUUUCCUAUAAAAGAACUUCCAAUUAGUCUCUGCAUGAACCAUAGAGCUCAUCUUAUCAUCACCAAUCCAUAAACCCUUUUAAUUUUCCCACCUUGAUCGUGGAUUCUACUUCUUAAUUUUGACACCAAUGGCUCCCACCGGACCGGCUUUACUAUUAGUCUUGGGGUUUCUUGUGGUUAUAAGCCAUGAUCUGGAUCUGGUUUUUGCGCGUAAUUUCAAUCAAGAUUUUGAUAUAACAUGGGGAGGUAGCAAAGUUAAGAUUCUUGACGAUGGCCAGCUUCUUGAACUCUUCCUCGAUAAAGAUUCUGGCUCUGGUUUUCAGUCCAAGGCUGAGUAUCUCUUUGGCAAGAUCAACAUGCAAAUCAAGCUUGUUCCUGGCAACUCUGCUGGCACCGUCACCUCAUAUUAUUUAUCUUCAGAAGGGUCAAACUGGGAUGAGAUCGAUUUUGAGUUCUUGGGAAAUCUGAGCGGUGAUCCUUACACAUUACACACCAAUGUAAUCACCCAAGGAAAACGUGACAGAGAGCAGCAGUUUCGCCUCUGGUUUGAUCCUACUCUAGAUUUUCACACCUAUUCUAUUCUCUGGAAUCCUCAAACUAUCAUUUUCUAUGUUGAUGGGAGCCCAGUAAGAGAGUUCAAGAACAUGGAAUCCUCUGGUGUUUUGUUUCCAAAGAAGCAGACGAUGAGGAUUCACUCGAGUCUGUGGAAUGCGGACGACUGGGCGACGAGAGGCGGUCGUGUGAAAACAGAUUGGAGACAAGCACCCUUUACGGCGUCGUUUAGGAAAUUUGAUGCAGAUGAAGCUUGCGUGUGGGUGGCUGGGUCGUCUUCCUGCGGCGGCGUAAACUCGACGUGGAUCAGAGAAAAACUUGGCGCGGCUGGUUUAAAGAGGAUGAGAUGGGUGCAGAAGAGUUAUAUGAUAUAUAAUUACUGCACAGACACGAAACGCUUUCCGAAAGGCCUCCCUCCCGAGUGCUCUUUGACAACAGCUAGUAUAUGA